CAAAUUAGGUACUUAGGUACCACCUAUUUACAUGGGGCUCCUUCCCAAAACCCCCCGCAUCCCAUGGCUCCCUCAGGUUCUAACAUAAUCAGCCAAUAGAGCCAUGACGACUACAUACCCAGAGUACUCUGUCCAUGCAGAUAUCGAGGCCUUCUUCAAGAAAACAUCAGCAACCCGCGCUGCAUGCGGCGCCAAAGCAAGAGAGCUUGCCGGCGACGAUGUCGCAUCUGUUGACGUCCAAGGCGUAUGCAGCUACUCCGUCUAGUUAUGCCGGCCCUGAACUGGAAUACGUCGUCCAGUUCCUCCUCGAGUCUCUAGCACUCAAGACCGAAGUUACUUCUCAAGUGAAUGAGGUUUACGGGUCCCUUGCACCGAAGAUGUCCUUCGAGGGUAAGGUAGGGGAAGGGGAGGGGGAGGGGGAGCCGUUCUACAUCUACCUGAUGACCCGUGUACGCGGAGUAACACAUCUUGAUUUCAUCCUGGCACGCAACGUUCAUGUUGGAGACACAUGGUACAGUGGUUCGUUGGCGGCUCACCGGCCUCGUCGCCCUCGUUAUGGUCAUUUCGGGGGGCGCAGAGGUGGAUUACUUGAAUCGGAGCAUCGAAAUCAGCGGUCUGGAGGUUAUCGAGGUCCCAGUUGUUGCUUUGUUGGAGCUGGCCAAGAGCCACAUGGGCCACCGCCAACAUGGUAAUGAUUCUCGCUGGUCGGAGCUUGGGUGGGAGAAGCAAAGAGACCACUGGAUUUUUGGCCGGGCGAGGAAUGAUUGCGAGUUCGUCGACGGAAUACGUCUGUAUGUGCUUGGUGCGUACACAUACUGGAUAAUCGCAUAUCUGUGUUUCAUUGAGAGGCACUAACAGUUUAACGGGAUCUGUACCUUGUGAUCCAACCGCCAGGGUCUUGGACCCCUG